AUGUCCUUGGGUGAGCUGGGCGACGCGGGGGAGCGCGAGGGGCUGCGGCUGAUCCGAGCGCCGGAUGAUAUAAUUAAACUGAACAAGAAAGAAGAGAGGAAGCAGUAUUCCCCCAAAAUGAAGAGAGGACUCCAGCAGAAUCGAACUCAGCAAUUCAGGACACCAGGCUCCAAGUGGGGGAUCCAACAACAGAAAGGUUAUGGUAAAAAUCAUUUGGGCCACAGAAAGAAGAUUGUAGGGAAGAAGCGUCCUUAUGGAGUUAUAACUGGCUUGGCAGCCAAGAAAGCAAUGGGUUCACACAAAGGAAUUAGUCCUCUGAACAGGCAGCCACUUAGUGAGAAGGUGCAGGCCCAAGUGCAGCCAACAGAAGAUCUUGAUACUCAGACAGCAAAGAGAACUCGUCAAUGGCGAACUUCUACCACAAGUGGAGGGAUUCUGACUGUGUCCAUUGAGAACCCAGGAGCAAUCAUAACCCCAAUUUCCCAGAAAUUGCGAUUAACUCGUACUCCUGUGCCCCCGUUUCUGAUGAAGAGGGACCAAUCUGAAGAGAAGAAGAUUCCCAAAGGGGUUCCGUUGCAGUUUGAUAUUAAUAGUGUUGGAAAGCAGUUCUUCCACUACCUUGCAGUGUAA